AUGCUGACGACGGUCAUCUCGGCGACCAAGUACAUAGGCGACGGUCGCAGUGCCGACUUCUCGGAUCGUCUGCACUGUUUCUUCACCUCCAACCUGUUGGUGGCGCUGGCCGUGCUGGUCAGCUUCAAGCAGUUUGGCGGUCAGCCGAUCGAAUGCAUGGUGCCGGACAUGUUCAGCCGCGCCUGGGAACAGUACGCUGAAAACUUCUGCUGGGCGCAGGAUACGUACUUCUUGCCCUUCGACGAGGAGAUGCCUCGUGAGAUCGCCGAGCGCGAGAACCGCCGCAUUAGCUACUACCAGUGGGUGCCUUUCUUCCUGCUCGUCGAGGCCAUUUGCUUCCGUCUGCCCAGCUUAUUUUGGAGGUGCUUUGCUUCACAUUCCGGAAUCCGCAUUCAUGACAUCAUCAAAAUGGCGACCGACGAGCGAAACGUCCAACCGGAUGUCAAGACGCAGAACGUCAAAGCGCUGGCCGUCCAUCUCCAAAACGCGCUGCGCUUCCACCGGCGUCUAUAUCGCAAACGAGUCACCCCCCACCGCAUUCUGCGCUUCCUGAACUUGCCUUACACGGCGACGUACGUAUCUACGAUGUAUUUGGUUUCGAAAGCGCUGUACAUGAUAAACGUGUCAGGUCAGCUCAUCCUGAUGAACCGCUUUCUUGAGACUGACAGGUAUUCUCUGUAUGGCUUCGGCGCCCUGGCCGAUGUUCUCAACGGCACUACUUGGGAGAAGUCUGGCAUUUUCCCGCGCGUCACACUGUGUGAUUUUCAGGUGCGAGUCAUGGGCAACGUGCAACGGUACAGCGUACAGUGCGUGCUGGUCAUAAACAUCUUCAACGAGAAGAUUUUUAUUUUUCUGUGGUUUUGGUACGUGGUGUUGUUUUUCGUCACCACGUGCAGCCUUGCGUACUGGGUGUGCAUGAUACUGUUGCCAUGGCCUUCCCGGUGGUUCGUCUCACGUCACCUGGAACUGUCCGAAAUGCCGUUCGAUCCGAAGGGCAGCGAGAAGGACGUCGAACGGUUCGUCACCAGCUACCUGAAGACCGACGGCGUGUUCAUACUGCGCAUGAUCACCAUACAUUCAGGGGUCAUAUUCGGCACGGAUUUGGUCCUAUCGCUGUGGUGCAGCUUUUACGGCAUCGAGGAAAAGCUGAAAAGGAAGAUCUGUGAAUUCGAGACGACCGAGUCAUCACCGCCGUCCUUGGCGGUGGUCGAAAACCGCCUCAAUGCGCUUCUGAAACAUCGCUUUCGCAAGUUCAACUCAGAAAUGGUGCAGGAUCAAAAGAAAGCGCCUUCAUGUUUACCGUCCGACAAACCUCAGCCGGAGCAAACAAGUCUUUUGUCCCCGACGGCUCUGCCGGCGGGCAACAACGGGGACAACGAGUGCUAUCCGCUGGUGAGCGAAAUGGAAAAUUACAUAUCUUCAAAAUCCGUCUAA